AUGGCCUUGAACACAGAGUUUGAAAAAAUUGCCUCAAAUCGGACUGUCACUUCAGCAGAGGUUCUUGUUACAGAGGAUCGGCUGGUUGAUGAGCUGAUGAAACAAAAGGUUUCAACAGUGCGUAAACUAUGCAAAGCCUGCAACCUGGACUCGAAUGGGUCGCGUAUGAACCUCAUACUACGACUCCGGGAGGAAAUGAAGUCCAGGCACACUUAUGACAAAGUGUUCCAAAAGAUCUGGGGAGCAUCUGGUGGCUGGUCUCUCAACUAUGUGCUGGAUGAGGAGAGGUCAGGAAAGGAGCUUAUCGUCCAAAGUACUAAGAUGGCUCUAACACGGUCUGACUUUCAAACUCUUGGUUUAAAACGAGAUAUGGAGUCUACUAUUGGAAAUGCCUGCUUUGAGAUCAUAGAAAAAGUCGCGCAAGUCAAGGAAGACAUGCCAACUCUGAGGAAAUGGUGGUGUUUGUUACUGAUGGAGACCUUUGACCUUGGGAGCUAUGGCAAAUUAUUUGCCCAUUGGACGGAGGAAGCCAAGGCUAUGCUUCGAGGGGAAGUACAGCCAGUUCUGAGGGUGAAAAAACGCAAGUUCUGUGCAACAGACAGACCUGUUGCCUGCUACACAAGAACAUCGAGACCGGAAAGUCCUAAAAGAUUGUCAAUUAGCAGCAAGCUGGGCAAAGGACAACCUGUUUUUAUUCACUGGAAAAAUACAGUUUCCUCCUGUGCUGGACUGGGAAGGAGAUGA